AUGACCCUCUCCUGGCCUCGGGAGCCGGGCAGAGCUGGAAGGGAAGCGACCAGAGGGACGGAUCCUCAGGGGAAACCCAGCCUGUCCCCCUCUCGCCGCAGGACCCUCUCCUCUCCGCCCCCUUCCAGCCCGCCUCCCGUCUCACCCGGGGUCACUUCAGCUGGUCACUCACCUCCCGCACCCCGCUACCUCCGCCACCCACGCCUGCCCCCGCCGCCGCCAAGCAGCGUGGAAGAGCGGGGAGCGGCUCCCCGUUUCCCCGAGGUCUCCGAAGCGGAGACCCCGCUCCACGGGGGCCCCCCACGUGUAUCAAUGGGCUGCACUGAAGUCCCUCCGCCCAAAUCACCAGCCGGGCUCCGGGCUGCUUUUCCACGGGAGGGAAACGGCUCGUCCCCUCGGUUCCCCCAGGCUCCGUGA